UACCUACUAUUUAAAGUAGGUUCGGCAGUUGAUUUACCUCAUUUACAAGAAGCUGCCAAAAUGGUUUGGGUACAUUUGGCUGUUGUAGCAGUCUUUUUUAAUGUGGCAUUAAGCCAAAGUAUUAGAUGCCCCAUCAACAAAUGUGCCCCUAAACUGGCCACCACCAUCGCACCCACCGUGGUGCCCACCAUCGCCCCUACCAUCGUCGAUGGCAACGUCGUCCAAUCCCUCAUCGACACUAUCCAACUUUUCAUUGUCAGUGACCUACUAGCUGAUACCCUACCCGAGAAAAAAUGCUACAUCCAAACGAUACCAGAGCCUCCAUGUUUGCUAGAAUAUGAUGACAGUGGUGUACAAUAUGAGCUCAUCUUUGACAGUAACUGUACUGGUGAUUUGACGACAUGCGUGAAUUGUGAUCAGUUGAUUCUCCCGCCUUACGCUGCUGAGCUGCCUUGCGGCUUGGGUUAUAUGCCUGGAGGUCUCCCAGUGGUGGCUAAGGCUUUUGCUCCAUGCUCUAAAGGCUGUGGGUGUGGAUGCUCUGCAGGAGCAUUACCUAUCUGUUCUCCUUACAGUUACGCGGCGUUAUCGGUGCCAUUGUGUCCAAAUAUGUCACCGUGUGUUAAGCCAAUUAUUUUGUAAUUUAGAAAAUGUAUGUAUGUAUUAAACUUUUUUUUAUAAAA